AUGCAUACUGGGGAAAAACCUUUUGCAUGUGAAAUUUGCACCAAACCGUUUCCAACGAAAUUUCUUUUAAAAAGGCAUAUGAGUGUGCAUAAUGGUGACAAACCAUUUACAUGUGACAUUUGCACCAAACAAUUUUCAAUGAAACACAAUUUAACAAGGCAUAUGAUCGUGCAUACUGGUGAGAAACCAUUUGAAUGUGAACUUUGUAACAAACAGUUAACAACAAAUACACUCUUAAAAGCACAUAUAAGAGUUCAUACUGGUGAAAAACCAUUUGAAUGUGAAAUUUGCGACAAACAGUUAUCAAAGAAAACACAUUUAGAAAAGCAUAUGAGAAUUCAUACUGGUGAAAAGCCAUUUGAAUGUGGAAUUUGUAACAAAAAAUUUGCCUCAAAGGGUAAUUUAAAAGCGCAUAUACUUGUGCAUAUUGGUGAAAAACCAUUUGAAUGUGCCAUUUGCAACAAAAAAUUUGCCCUAAAGGACCAUUUGAAAUCACAUUUGACAAUGUAUACUGGUGAAAAACCAUUUGAAUGUGAAUGUUGUACCAAACAGUUUACAUCAAAGCGUGGUUUAGAAUAUCAUAUGAUAGUGCAUACUGGUAUAAAUCCAUUUGAAUGUGAAAUUUGUACGAAACAGUUUACAUCUAAGCAAGGUUUAGAAUAUAUGACAGCCCAUACUGGUAAAAAACGAUUUGAAUGUGAAAUUUGCACCAAACAGUAUUCAACGAAAGGAGAUUUAAAAUCGCAUAUGAGAGCAUGA